AAGAUGCAUUAUUACGACUCUAAACAUGGGUUCUGCACAUGUCUAAGUUCAGCCCCAACCCCACGUGAAGAACUUAUUUCCAGACACCUCCUACUCUAUGGUGGCUCCAGACCCUGCCCCAUGCGGAAGGCACUUCUCAAGUUCUAGGACCAGGGCUUCAGCCACAGCAUUCGCAAAACCCCACAGGUACAGUGCCAAUGAGAGAAAUUAAGAUUAACUGGGGGCAACACAGAUUUCUGUGAAUACCAGUGCUGCCAGAUGCUCCGAGAUAAUACUUUCUAGAGUAAAAGACUUUGGGAAAAGUUGAAGAAGCAAAUGGUAACACCCUCAUGGAGAUCUCAGGGUGUGGAGGCAAGCACUGAAGGCCCAUGACCAGCCAUGGGAGCCACAAGAAUCCAUCGCUUCCAGUAGGAUUGAUGCAUUCAAAAGAGCCUGGGGCAAGGCUGGAGGCCACGAAAGGAGCUUCCAGGCCACGCAAGCAGGCAACAAAGCCGAUGAUCACACUCCCAUCAGUGGGCCACCUUGGUGAAGGGAAAUGCCUAAGUUCCCAGCACCUGCAGAGCCUAAGACAUAACAAGCAGCAUGCCCUGACACUCACCAAGGCCAGGUGCUGUGGUAAGUGUUCUACCUGUUUCUGUACAGAAGAGAAAUCAGAAUGCCAGAGAAAUGAAGAAACUUCUCCAGGUUCAUGUAGUUACCAAAUAAUGUCUGCUUUGACCAUCUCUGCAUUUUGUGCUACACCAAGAUUUAAGCAGCUGUUCAAAGGAACAGUGGAACAGAUGUCACAGAUGUGACUCUUCUUGAAAGGAAGUCAGAUUUCAUAAAUGGAAAGGCUGGCCUUUUCCAUUUGCCUCCUCCAGACCCGUAACUUUGGAUAGGGGGGUUUUAUUGUCCGUGAGGCUUAUGCAUGUGUCAGAAGAAUGUCCAAGCAGAGCAAUCUAAGUGGCAGACCCCCUAGGAUAGGAAAGAAGAAAGACGCUGCUGACACUUUCAGAAAACUCUUCACGUUUUGUGACAUACGUGCUUGUCUUGAGUGAUCAGGAGACCGCUGGAAGUCCGAGCCAUGCAGUAAUAGCAGAGAACCUGAGGAGGGAGAAGCUUCCCAGGACAUUCUGAGGUCUUGUGCUGGGUACAGGCUUUCCUUCCUGCAGCAACCCUGAGUCCAGAGAAGAAAUCAUCCCCUGUCCCGUGGGCCAAGCACUCAUGGCAACAGCACUUUGAGUUUGCUGUGCUUAGAUUCACUUGUGGAAUUUGUUAAAAAUAUAAAAUUCCAGACCCC